UUCAUUUGUUUACACGAACUAAGGAUAAACGGAGCUGAAGGCUCUGCCACUGACACUAGAAAGCAUAGAUGGGUUGUCUGAACGGGACAACAUUCGAAAGUCUCAAACUUGUUCCAAUUCCCACUUGUUCUUCCUCACGUUUCGUAUUCAAAAUUCCAACCCUUCAUUUUCGGAAAUCUCCAUUGCCACGUUACCCCAUCAAAGCUCUCUCUUCUUCUGCCACCAUCCAAACAACUAAAGCCUCUGAUGAGCAGGGCGUAAAGCCUCAGUGGAAAGCCACUAUAGACUUCAAGUGGAUAAAGGAAAACAAGGAAGCUGUUGCCACCAACAUAAGGAACCGUAACUCUGACGCUAAUUUAGACCUCGUCCUCCAACUUUAUGAUGAAAUGUUUAGUCUUCAAAAGGAAGUUGAGAGGGUUCGUGGAGAAAGAAAUGCGGUAGCGAGCAAGAUGAAAGGAAAACUAGAACCAUCUGAGCGUCAGAGACUAAUCGAGGAAGGGAAGAAUUUGAAGGAGGGACUUACUGCUUUGGAAGAAGACCUGGUGAAGCUUCAUGAUAAGCUUCAGCAGGAAGCGCAGUGUAUACCAAACAUGACUCAUCCAGAUGUUCCAAUAGGAGGGGAGGAUUGCUCCACCAUAAGGAAGAUGGUUGGCAGCUCUCCCAAAUUUAGCUUUCCUGUCAAGGAUCAUCUUCAACUUGGAAAUGAACUUGAUCUCUUUGAUUUUGAUGCAGCUGCUGAGGUCAGUGGGUCAAAAUUUUACUACCUGAAAAAUGAAGCAGUUUUGUUAGAGAUGGCCCUUGUAAAUUGGACACUCUCAGAAGUGAUGAAGAGAGGCUUUACUCCAUUAACAACUCCUGAGAUUGUGCGGUCCUCAAUUGUUGAAAAAUGUGGAUUCCAACCUCGUGCAAAUAAUACCCAGAUUUAUUCCAUCGAUGACAGUGACCAAUGCCUCAUCGGCACAGCAGAGAUUCCUGUUGGGGGCCUCCAUAUGGAUUCUAUACUUGCUGACACUUUGUUACCUUUAAAAUAUGUGGCAUUUUCUCAUUGUUUCCGUACCGAGGCAGGUUCUGCUGGCGCUGCAACUAGGGGUCUUUACCGAGUUCACCAGUUCAGUAAGGUCGAAAUGUUUAUUUUCUGCCGCCCAGAAGAGAGUGAAAGUUACCAUGAAGAGCUUAUUCAAAUUGAAGAAGACAUUUUUUCAUCCCUAGGAUUACAUUUCAAAACUUUGGAUAUGGCCUCUGAAGAUUUAGGUGCACCUGCUUAUCGUAAAUUUGAUAUAGAGGCAUGGAUGCCUGGAUUAGAACGGUUUGGUGAGAUCUCAAGCGCGUCAAAUUGCACAGACUAUCAGAGCCGUCGAUUGGGAAUACGGUAUCGUCCAUCAGAAGCAGCAGUAACAAGUGGAAAAAAAUCUAAAAGCAAUCUUGCUCCACCACAGUUUGUUCACACAUUAAAUGCAACAGCUUGUGCAGUACCACGGAUGAUUAUAUGUUUGCUUGAGAAUUACCAACAAGAAGAUGGAUCUGUCCUUAUCCCUCAGCCCUUGAGGCCCUUCAUGGGUGGCAUUAAUGUUAUCGCCACAAAAUCAUUAUGAUUGAUUUAUCCAUCUGGUCGAUGCUGUUGCGGCAAUUAGAUUACAGUGAUAGAUGAGUUGAAGUAAUUUCAUUAGAAUGAUAAUUUUACAAAUAAUAUUAAUGAUUUUUGUUUUUUUACUUAUUAUAAACUAGUGAUUAGCAAU